CUACCUUCAUCUUCCCUCCCCCACUCUCUUCAUCUUCUUUCCCUCCCAAAACUCAGAUCCAAUUCUCUCUCACAAGAAAAAUGGAUCACCCCAGAUUCAUAAUCGAAGCUUCAGAAGCAGAAUCCAUGGCCAAAUCUUCAGGCCUCACCCUCCCUCAGCUCCUCCCUUCACUAGUCCGCUCCUCCCAAAGCCUCGCCCGUGCCCCCAUCUCCAAAUUCCAGGUAGCAGCGGUGGCCGUCGGCGCCUCCGGCCGCAUCUUCAUCGGCGUCAACCUCGAGUUCCCCGGCCUCCCCUUCCACCACACCGUCCACGCCGAACAGUUUCUCCUAACCAACCUCGCCCUCAAUGCGGAGACUCAGUUACGGUGGCUCGCCGUCUCCGCCGCGCCAUGCGGCCAUUGCCGGCAAUUUCUGCAAGAAAUUCGCGACGCUCCGAAUAUCGAACUCCUCAUUACUGACAACGAUGACCCGAGUUUCACCCCUCUCUCGCACUUCCUCACUCACCCUUUUGGACCCCAUGACCUUCUCCCCAAAGGGGUGCCCCUUCUCUUAGAGCCUCGUCACAACAACCUCACUUUUAGCGGCGAUUAUUCUCCUUGUUCUGACAAUGUCCUCUCCAAUGGCGAUACACCCAUGAUUUCUCAGAAGCUGAAGUUUGCGGCGUUGGAAGCUGCUAACGCUUCCCAUGCACCUUACAGUGGUUGUCCUUCUGGGGUGGCUCUGUUGGAUUCUCAGGGGAAGAUUUACAGAGGGUCUUACAUGGAGUCUGCGGCGUAUAACCCCAGCCUUGGACCCCUUCAGACUGCUCUGAUUGCCUAUGUAGCUGCCGGAGCUGCUGAUUAUGACGGUGUUGUCGCCGCCGUGUUGGUGGAGAAGGAUGGGGCGGUGGUUAGACAGGAGACCACUGCAAGGUUGCUGCUGCAAGAAAUCUCCCCUCAGUGCCAGUUCAAGGCUUUCCUUUGUACUUCAGCUGAUUGAAUUGAAAUUUGUGAGAAAUGGAUGUUGAAGUUAUGAUCAUGGCCUUGGAUAUGGUCAUAUGGUGGUGUGUGAUGAAUGAUGAUCCCUUUCUUAUGCAUUUCUUUGUGGUUCAAAUGAGAUGUUUGAUUUAUCUUGUAUAUUAAUAUAUCAUGUUAUAUAUUAGUAUAUUCUAUUGAAUGUCAUGGUCUCUCUUUUAUUUUUA